UAAUUUUUUCCUCCAUUUGUAUGCACAUAAAAUUAUCUUCUUUUUGUAAUAAUUUGUACAAAUUACUUUUGUUUAACGGAAUUAGCAAGAUCAAUUUCAAAAUUUCUCAAAAUGUAGUAUCCGUUGAAUAUUUAAUCACUUUCUCAAAAAGUACUAAUUCGUUAACAAGCGUUAGCCACACAGAAAAAAAAAAAAUAAAAUAGAAAAAUAAAAAAAAUAAAAACCAAAAAAACACCAACGAAAUUUCCACAUAGUCAGUGAAAAAAUGAAGAUAUACGAGGAGGUUAUAUUCACAGAUCAGCUUCUGCACCACCGAACUGUGGGCAGCCAGAUCGAGGAGACACGUCGAACCUGGGAGGAGCGGUGCUCGUGGUUUCCAACGGCCCAAAGGGAACUUUACGAGCGGUACGCCCAAAUUUAUAAGGAGUGUUUAAAGACGUACGGGAAUGACCACUUCGAGUACUAUGCGAAAAGGAACCGCCUCAGGGAAGAGUUUAGGCUUGAGACCAAUUCAUACAGACAGAGUCAGUCACGGGACUCAGAAAUACCUAUGGAUCAUAUAGCCCUUUACAAAGCAUCCUCCACUUCCAACGAAGAAUAUGGGAGUGUUCGGCCAAUGCUCCUCUUCAAGGCUUUUUAGAUCCUUACCCAUUCUUCAAUCAUAAUUACAGUCUGCUAGCAAGCUUUGGGGCAGGUGUACAUUAUAUCGUUUAUGACAAACUAAGACAAGCCCUGUAAAUCCAGUACAGUGUAAGCCUGGCCUAAAGCACAUAUUCGGCUUAAUGGUCUUCAGCAAAUACAACUAUUUGUAACAAUUA